UGAGCUCACAGGCACCUUUUAGACUCAGGGACUCCAGUUGGGACAGAGAUGGCCUCCCCUGAACACGAUGUUAGUACUUCCUUUGUGAUUCUCAUUCCCGAAGAGACAUCCACCAGACAAAGGAACCGGGUCUCUGCCCUUCUGCAGGAGAGGGCCCGAGCCAGGGCUACAUCCUGCUGGAGCUGGGUAUGGGGAGAGGAUCAGAGAGAGAGACAGAAUGAUGACAAUCAGCCAGAGAUGGAUGCCUUCGCAGUCAUCAAAGCUGAUCCCGGCCAGGUGUUCUGGUCGACUCAGGCGCCCACAGACCGAGCUGCCCCUGCACCGCCAACUGCUGCUGAUGACACUAUGUUUCUUGGUGUUGUCCCUUCCCCCGAUGCUGACCUCACUAGCAUGGCAUCACCUCAGAGCCAUGACGCUGGCAAUUGCUCUGACCUCAUGGAGGAGACCAAGACUUUCUCGUCAACUGAGAGUCUGCGACAACUUUCUCAACAGCUCAAUGGUCUUGUGUCUGAGUCUACCUCCUACAUCAACGGGGAGGGCCUCACAUCUUCCAACAUGAAGGCCUGGACCAUGGGAUACAUGAGACCCUGUCUCAAAAAAGUGUCAUGGGAAUGGUGCUAAGAAUGUAGCUCGGUGGCUACAUUGUUGUCUACUGGGCACAAGACUCUGGGUUCAAUUCCCAGCACCAAAACAGAAAAAGAAAUGUCAUUUUAUUUCAAGAAUAUGAGAUACUUAGGGGACAUCCAGUGGGGAGAAACACUGAUGUCUGUACAGUAGAAAGUCAGACAGACAGCAGUGCUGUGGACAGUCUCGGCUGGAGACAGUAUGUACAGAAGCCAGAGACAGGAUCCCCUGGACCCAAGACGCAGGGAUUCCAUUUAGGCGAAAAGUGAGUGGAGUAAUGACAGGCAGGCUGGUCCAUUCAGACCCUUGGAAUGAGACAAGAGCCUCCCCCAAUUACAUCCUAGCCAGGUUCUGUGUUUACAUCAAGUAAGUACCAAGUGUGCUGAAGGAAAACAUCUCUAGUUCUGUAUGAGAACAGCUUUCUCUUGUGCCAUGGCAGGCACUAGCCUCAAGGGGGCAGUGUCCACUCAGAGAUGUGCCCAACGGCUGGACAGCAUUCCCUUCUGUGGGCCCCCUGGGUUGGGUAGAUGCAGGCCUGCCAGGCUAGUGGCCACAAGCUGGAUCUCUCAGCUUCCCUUCCAGGAGUCUGAAGAGACCAGUAACAAGAAAUAAGGAGCCAGCUGGUUGGAAACUAGAGGCUGAUGGAUAAGGCAUGUACACACAGACACCGCUUCAUUAUAUCUAGUGUAAAACCUGCUUGAAAAUAUUUCAGAGUCAAGUAUGGUGGCUCACACCUGUAAUUCUAACUCCAGAAGCUGAGGCAGGAAGAACGAGACCUGCCCUCCUUACAUAUCAAGGCCCUGUCCAAAAAUAAAAAUAAAUUAUCCCAGCUGA